AUGCCACGACCGGCGACCGAAGAGGACGACGUUCGAGCGGCCAGCACCACGUGGACCAAUCAGCCAGAGGUGGAAGUCUAUGGAGCUGUGGAGCCGGUAACAAAUAAAUCUUCUAUGACAACUCUUCAACACCCAGACGUUCAAUCGACACCAACAAUGCCCAAAAAAGUCUCAUUCGCUGCUGAAGUCGACGAGCAACAGGAGCGGAUCAGCAAAGAAGGCGCACGACGGGACGCAUGCUGUUCGAUUCAGUGA